UAGGGUAACUUAUAUUCAUUUCAGGGGUAACUUAUAAUCAUUUUAUAAUGGAUGUACAAUAAUUAUUGUACACCCGAUUUUUUAAAAUUUUGUGUUUUAAAUUUCAAGACACCAACUUAAACCCAAAAAUUUGGUCAGUUUUGGAUUUUUGGUCUUUGCCCCGCCUUAAUUACAAGAACAUUGAUAUCAUAUCACUAAAAAAAACUACAUUAAUUAUGAACAAUAUAAUCAUUAAAAUAUCAUGAUACUAAUAUUUCAAACGACCACUAUAGAACUUUCAUUGAGACAUACACAAUUUUAUAAACAAAAAGUCAACCGUCCAACUUGGCUAUAUGCCAGCACAUAACACUAUACUACAUUAUAAAUACCAUAGUAUAUGUUUUCCAAAGCGUAGAGUAGUGCACCUUGCUAGGUCUACCUGUGGAAAAAAAAGUAUCUCACUUGAAUUUUCUUCUUGUUCCAAUUUGUGUGUAGCUCACUAGCACCAUCGUCAGGUGUACGCAACCUCAAUCAGGUGUUUAUGACAGAACAACGAAAAGGGGACAGAAUAUGGCAACUUACACAUUAAAAUCAGACAAGACUUUCCUACAAUGUUUUGAGAUGGAAUCGAUCGGAGUGUACGAGCUAGACGGUCUUUACACGUACCCGGUGAAACGGAAGAAUUUGAUCCAUCUCGGAAUUAGUAUAGGACCCGGGAACAAGUAUGAGGUGUUGAAGAUUGGGAACAAAGAAAUUAGGGGGUCUGAAUUGCAGACACUUACCGAAGAUCUAUACAACUCGCAACUGAUUAUUAAUCGCGAGGGGCUUUGUUUCGUGAUGGCGAAAGGGGUCACAACGACGGUGUUAGGACUGGAGUACUUUAGAUUGUUUGAUCUCUUUGAUUGGUCUAAGUACGAUGUCGAGACAUCGUUGAAUACUAGAUGGGCUCGUAGAGACUUUGAGAGUGGCCGUCUCUUGGACAUAGGUUCAAAUCAUGGCUGUUGUUAUGACAAAUGCAAGGAAAAAUUGAGAGGGAAAGAAAAAAAUGUAGAGGAGGAUGAUGAGGACAACUCGGAUGAGGAAUUGAAAGUUGAAGAAGUAAUUGACUUAAUAAAAAAUAUGUUGGUAAAGGAAGAGAUCAAAAGAAUGAAGGAAUUAGAUGAUAAACAAGAGGUAUUCGACAAACUCCAAGAGAAGAUGGCUGAUAUAGAGUUCAAAAAAUAUUGUCUGAUGAAACUUCACUAUGUGGAUCAUUUUUAAUUUUCAAAUGGCUAUUAUAAAAUUAUCGUUAUUGUAUUAAAACAAAUCACAAUUGAUUAAUGUGAUCUGUUAAUAUAAGGUAUUUUAUUUUUUAAAAAAUUAUGAAAAAAAAACCCUACCAUAUUCUUAUUAGUUUC